AUGGGAAACAAUUCGACGUGGAGUAAUUUUACCCAAGUUCUGUCGGAGCUGGACGGGACGGGCGGCGAAGAAGAGGAGGGCGACGACGAGGAGGAAGGUGGCGGGAGCGGACGGAGGGAGGGCGGACUGCGCGUCUUCGUCGGCUGCGUCCUCUUCCUGCUCAUCGUGUCCACGCUGCUCGGGAACACGCUGGUGUGCGCCGCCGUGGUCAAGUUCCGGCACUUGCGCUCCAAAGUCACCAACUUCUUCGUUAUCUCGCUGGCAGUGUCUGACCUGUUUGUGGCCGUGCUGGUGAUGCCCUGGGAAGCCAUCACCGAGGUUACAGGCACGUGGCUUUUCGGGCGGUUUUGUGGCGUCUGGAUCGCUUUUGACAUCAUGUGCUCCACAGCGUCCAUCCUAAACCUGUGUAUCAUCAGUGUGGACCGCUACUGGGCCAUCGCCAGCCCCUUCAAGUAUGAGCGGAAAAUGACUCACAGGGUGGCUUUUGUCAUGAUUGGGGUGGCAUGGACGCUGUCGAUCCUCAUCUCCUUCAUCCCAGUGCAGCUCAACUGGCACCGGGCUGGGGAGGAAGAGGAAGAGGAGGAGAUGAUGGAGGAGGUGUUGGCCAUGAUGGCCACCAGUGGCAAGAACUUCUCAAGCAGCAGCAACCUUAGCACUAGUGUCAACAGCAAGAGCUGUGUUGCUAACUUAAACAAGACAUACGCUAUAUCCUCAUCAUUCAUUAGCUUCUACAUUCCUGUGGUGAUCAUGAUCGCCACCUACACCCGGAUCUACCGGAUUGCCCAAACCCAAAUCCGUCGAAUCACAUCUUUGGAGCGUGCAGCAGAGCAAGCCCAGAACCAAGGCCAUGGAGUGAACCGGAACCAGCAACAGCACCACAGGACCAAUGAUGAAGCCUCGUUGAAGUCAUCAUUCAAGAAGGAAACCAAAGUCCUAAAGACGCUCUCUAUCAUCAUGGGGGUUUUUGUCUUCUGCUGGUUGCCAUUCUUCGUCCUCAACUGCACAGUCCCCUUCUGUGACCCGCCUUGUGUCAGCGACACCACCUUCACCGUCUUUGUCUGGUUUGGGUGGGCCAACUCGUCCCUCAACCCUGUCAUUUACGCAUUCAAUGCGGACUUCCGCCGAGCCUUUGCCACCAUUCUUGGUUGCAACAGGAUCUGCUCAAACAAUGCAGUGGAAGCUGUGAACUUCAGCAACGAGCUUGUUUCUUACCACCAUGACACAACGCUCCACAAGGAGGCAAUGGUCCCUGUGCAGCCGCAGCAACACCCGCGCUCUGUCAACGUUGGGUCUGACCACCUGGAGGACAUGAGUGCACAGUUUGACGAGGAGUCACUCAUUUCUAAUGGUUCUCAGAGCCAUAACAGACUGCUGUUACUACCUGCCACUGUCCAGUUCGAGGAUGACCCGGAGAUCUCCUUGGAAACAAUCACACCAUUCACCUCAGCAGCGGGGCUGGAGAGUGAUGCACUAAUACCUGGGCAAGUGCACCAGGAUGGAUAAGACAGAAACUAAACACUAACUAAACAGGAAGUUUGUGUUUUCCUCUAAAUAAGAGCAGAAAA